AUGGGUUCGUUGACAAAAUUAGUGCUACUUCGAGCUGCUGGCUUCACACUGUGGAUCUUAUUUAGUGCUUGGCUAUUCUGUGAAGUGGAGUACACACACAAAAAUGAUGCUGAAGAAAAGUAUAAGUUGUUAGUCUCUUUGUACACUUUCAUGAAGUCCAAAUACAACGUUACUACGGAGGAGUUUAAUAACUUUACCAAGCAAGCACACGAAGCAUUGAGUGAGCCUAAACCGCAAUGGACCUACUUGGCUUCAUUUGACUUCGUUUUUCAAGCGUUGACUACAAUUGGAUACGGAUUCAUCACCCCUCAAACACCCUCUGGUCAGUUGUUGUGUAUCUUUGUCUGUUUUAUCGGAAUUCCGAUAACUUUGCUCAUGUUAAAAUCUUUUGGGGAACUCAUUUCCAGCAAUGUUGAAACGAUUGUCACGAAGGUGGAGAAGAAAAUACUUAAAAGAGAGGAACCAAAACACGUCAGAACAAAGAGUGCCAUAAUUCUGUUUUCUAUAAUGACAAUAAUACUUCUGUCAUACACCCUGAUAUGUAUGUCCUGGAAUGGUUUGACAUUCGUCGAAGGAGUUUAUUUCUGGUUUGUAACCUUUACUACGAUUGGCUUCGGUGACUACUUACCAAUUAUCAGACAAGAAAUAGCCACUCCUUUAGAGAUUAAAAAUUCUUCUAAAGAUAAAUCAUAUCACACGCCUUCUGUGUUUUUCACUGGCGUAGCUUUUUACACUUUUAUUUUGAUUGGCUUGUGCAUCGUCUCAAGUGUACUAGACUCCAUUAUGAAGAUCCUGGAAGAGAGGAGAUUGCGGCCUCGGUUUCCCACAUGUGUUCCUCGAAAAAGCAAGAAGCAAGUUAAAAGUGAAAAAUGUGACAUUCCUGAUAAAGAAGAGACCGAAAAUGAUUUAUCGGACUUGGAAAAUUAUGGAUUUCGGAAGGAGAUAUCACAAUAAUUUGGUUGUGUACAAUAAUAAUUCAGUUAAGUUAAAACGCCCCAGGGCUUAUCUAGUAAGAAAAACGGAAAAUGCUUUAAUAGAGAACUUCUUAAGACCAAGUAAUAGGGGUUAACAUGACUUUGAUUGAGUUCAAAGAAAGGUAAGAUGUAUCAAAUGAUUUACUUGUAAUUCAUCUGACUGGAUCGCUAUCUCCACUUCAAACCAAUAACGCCAACAACUAUAGUGAGUGUUACGGCUUGCCAGUAUCUCAAGCGUCGACGAAAAGCCAAUUAUCCAUCUACGGCUUACGUCACCUUGAUCACUUGGAAAACCACUGCAGUGAAGCUUUAUGUUAUCUCGUAUGUGAUGGCGACAACGAUAACAUAUCAUUUCCCUGUAAUUUCAAGAUUUUCAUGAUGUAGUAAGCUGAAAAGAGAGGAAGAACCAACAAAGCUUUUAACAGAAGGUGCAGAUACUGGCACUUUGGAAGAGUUACAAGAAUGAUAAUUUUACCAUUGGUUGAAAAAUGGCGCAGUAUGUAGGUAAUUUCGAUCCGCUUGGUGCCCUCCAUACAUGGAGAAAGGUAGCUGUUCUUAAAAUUAUUGAAACAUUAUUUGACUAUUGUCAGUCAGCUUAGAAAAGAAUCUAAAUGCAAUUCAGUCAUUGCACUUCAAAUUUAAAAUCGUGUACGAAUCAAACACCUCAGCAUAAUUUGAGUCAAAUGCAAAUUACUCUUUCAUAAUGUAUCCCGGUUAUGUGGUUGAAGUAUUUUUUACCGCUUUCAAUUUGAUUUUUCUCAUUCUUUUUGUGUCGGUUGUGCAACGAACUUCAGGAACAGUUCAUAUUACUUUGACAUAAGCAACUCGA